AUGGUUGCCGACAAGUGUGGGUUCGACGUGGUGAUCAUUGCAGGCCUACUGGUGGGUGUCUUAAAGUGUCUUCUUUUUGGAUUCCUCAGCACAUCCAUCUGGAUUGUUUCAAUCAAUCGUGUUCUUCAAGGCGUCGUGAGUGCCUGUACACAGACCAUAGCAAUAGCUCGUAUAAGAGAUGUGUACGCCGAGGCAUCGCCAGAGUGCGCCAACGUUAUGGCGAUAGCCAUGUGGAAAAUGGCAUUUAAUUUCUUUGCGGGACUUUUCAUUGGAGAAUUGUACGGAUAUUUGAAGUAUCGAGUGUUCCUCCUGUUUCUACCCAUCUCUUUGCUACUCAUCAUCGGCGUAUUGGUAACAUUCAGAACAGACAAUUUCCAUUCAAAAGACGAAUCGUACGGAGAGCCAGAGGACAAAUGCGAGCAAAUCUCAUCUUCAGCUGUUCGGCGGAGGGUAAUCUGCGACGUGCAGCUCAUGAUCGUGUCCAUUUGCUUCGUCUUUGCAAAUCUUGGCCAGUCUUCCUUGGAACCAUCGGUUGCUGUGUGGAUGAAAUCUACCUUCGGGGCGGGCCCAGACAUGAUGGGAUUCGUUCUUGGAUUGUGUGGAGUGGCAACCAUUACUGGCAGCAUUGCCGCCGCUCAGAUCUUAUCUGUCCUGCUGGAUCGAUCCUGGAUCUUCUGCAUUGCAACUCUCUGUAUGACAGGUCUACUCUUGCUUCUUGUGAACUUCUCCCCCAGCAUCUUAGCAGCCGGUGCUGUACUGUGUACUCACUUCAUCUUUGCCACCGCAGCGCGUUUCACGUUGCUGUCAAUGUGUGCCACCCUUGCAACUAGACGCUAUCCCACAGCCAACGGUCUCGUCUUUUCUAUGCUCAACGUGGGCUGGGCGGCUUCAUUUCUCAUUGGACCCCUCCUUGCCUCCUACCUGUUUGGAUCUACUUGCGUCAUCUGCAUGAUGGGAGCAGCUUGCAUUGUCGUCUCUUCACUGAACGUGUUUCUGCGACAACUUGAAGCGAAGCAAGGACCGAAUCUCAUGGACUGUUUUCCAAAGGACAACAAUGGGUAUAAGGUGCUUGCAAAUAAUGAGAAAGUUCCAUUUACUUAUGAAAUUUCUAAAGAAACUCUUCAGCCAAAGGAUGGAGAGUUAUCAGGUAUACAACAUCCUCACUGA